AUGGCAUCCGAACAACUCAGUGCUGCAGAGGCGCAGUGGCGGGAGCAGUUUGCAGCCAUGCAAGAGGCUAUCGCCAACCUAAAAAUCCCCCAAGAGAACGGAGCAGCUGAUGAUGGCCUUGAUGAGGAUGAAUUUGGCGGCUAUUCAAGCGGAAACAGCGGCCAAGAUGUUUGGGAUUUCAUCUCAGAUGACGACCAGGAAGCUUUAAGCAGCGAUUUCGCCGAUGGAGAAACUUUCGAUGCACCUGGUGCCGCGGAUUAUGGUGCUGAAUGGUUCGCGACUAAGUGUUCAGCCAUUGCAGCCAAGAACGGUCUCUCAGCUGAUGUUUUUGAGAGCCAGAUCAUGAGUGUCCUUAACUCUGGUCAAUCUGAUGAUGAGCUUCAAAUCCAGUUGACUGACUUGGUUGGCUUCGACGACCUUGACUUCAUUAUCGAGAUCCUUGGACACAGGGAUGAGAUCGUUUCUGCUGUCAACGAACAGGGCCAGGGGAGCUCCAGUGAGCCUCGACUCUUGAACAAAGCUCAACGAGAAGAAAACCUACGUCGUCAAGACCAAGCUCACAAGUCCGCAACGCUUGCACCGGCUCAUUCCAAGGAACCCCAGUACCCCCACGUGUACAAAGCAUACAACGCCGGCAAUACACUGAGCUAUUCUGGAAAGAAGUACGGACUGCCAGUUGGAAGUGAACGAUUGUCGUUCGACAAGUAUGAAGAGUAUUCUAUUCCAGCCGGAAAGAAGGGCGUCCUGGGUCCCGGACAACGACUCAUUCCCAUUAAGGAAUUGAACGGAUUGUGCCGGAACACAUUCAAGGGUUACAAGACACUCAACAGAAUGCAGAGUCUUGUCUAUCCUGUUGCACACAAGACCAGCGAAAAUAUGCUCAUCUGCGCACCCACUGGUGCUGGUAAAACAGACGCUGCCAUGCUUACCAUCCUCCAAACCAUUGCCCAGAAUGUCGAGCCCAACCCCUUCGAAAACCCAGCAGCGACCGAAUUCGCAGUCAACGCCGAUGAUUUCAAGAUCGUCUAUGUUGCUCCCAUGAAGGCUCUCGCUGCUGAAGUCACAGACAAACUGGGCAAGCGCCUGGCUUGGCUUGGUGUCAAAUGUCGAGAGUACACUGGAGAUAUGCAGCUUACAAAGUCCGAGAUUAUCCAGACUCAAAUCAUUGUCACAACCCCUGAGAAAUGGGAUGUUGUUACGCGAAAGGGUACUGGAGAUACAGAACUCGUUCAGAAGGUCCGACUUCUCAUCAUCGAUGAAGUCCAUAUGCUCCACGACGAGAGAGGUGCUGUCUUGGAAUCACUUGUGGCUCGAACGGAACGACAGGUAGAGAGCACACAAUCUCUCAUUCGAAUUGUUGGUCUCAGUGCUACCUUGCCCAACUAUGUCGAUGUUGCCGAUUUCCUCAAAGUCAACAAAUAUGCUGGUCUGUUCUAUUUUGACGCGUCCUUCCGUCCUGUUCCUCUUGAGCAACACUUCAUUGGAGUCAAAGGGAAGGCAGGCACAAAGCAAUCCAGAGAUAACUUAGACCAAGUAGCAUUUGACAAGGUCAAGGAAAUGCUUGAGCGUGACCAUCAAGUCAUGGUGUUUGUCCACUCACGAAGAGAUACGCAGCUCACGGCACGCAUGCUGCAUCAGAAAGCAAUUGACGCUAUGUGUGCAGACCUACUUGAUCCCACUUAUCAUCCUGGAUUUGAACAAGCGUCUCGCGAUAUCAAGCAAUCUAAGUCCAAGGAGAUUCGAGAGUUACUAUCCAAGGGAAUUGGUGUUCAUCACGCCGGUAUGGCAAGAUCUGACAGGAACUUGAUGGAAAGACUUUUCGGAGAAGGUGUCUUGAAGGUCCUCUGCUGUACCGCCACCCUUGCCUGGGGUGUCAACUUGCCCGCUGCCGCAGUUGUUAUCAAGGGAACUCAAGUUUACAGCGCCCAAGAUGGUAAGUUUGUCGACUUGGGUAUCCUGGACGUGCUUCAAAUCUUCGGUCGUGCCGGUCGUCCUCAGUUCGAGGAUACUGGUAUUGGCAUGAUUUGCACGACCCAUGACAAACUCACCCAUUACCUGACCGCUGUGACUGAACAGCAGCCCAUUGAAUCCAAAUUCUCUACAAAGCUAGUCGACAACCUGAACGCCGAGAUUGCACUGGGCACUGUGACUUCCAUUCCCGAUGCUGUCCAGUGGAUUGGAUACUCCUAUCUCUUUGUGCGUAUGCAGAGAAGCCCGAUGUCCUACGGUAUUGAAUGGUCAGAAAUCCGAGACGACCCAAACCUGGUUCAAAGACGCCGCCAGCUCGCCAUCCAAGCCGCCAAAACUCUGCAGCAAUGCCAGAUGAUCAUCUACAAUGAGAGGACAGAAGAACUUCGCAGUAAGGAUAUUGGGCGAAUCGCCAGCCAAUACUACAUCCUUCACACAAGCGUUCAGGUGUUCAAUGCUAUGAUGCAGCCCCAGGCUACCGAAGCAGACAUCCUGAAGAUGAUCAGCAUGAGUGGAGAGUUUGACAACAUUCAAUCCAGAGACAGCGAAGAGAAGGAGUUGACUCAUCUGCGACGAGAAGUUAUUCCUUGUGAUGUCGAUGGAGGUAUCGAUACUCCUCAAGCAAAGACAAAUAUCCUCCUCCAGUCUUAUAUCUCCAAGGCUCAGCCUGAAGAUUUUGCUCUUUCCAACGACAUGAACUACGUCGCUCAGCAAUCCGGACGUAUCUGUCGAGCACUCUUUAUGCUUGCCCUCAACCGUAGAUGGGGUCACCAAUGCCUUGUGCUUCUGACCCUGGCAAAAUCGAUUGAAAAGCGCAUCUGGCCCUACCAACAUCCUCUUCAUCAGUUCGACCUUGCCAAAUCUGUUCUCAACCAACUCGAUACCAAGGAACACCUGACCAUCGAGACAAUGAAGGACAUGGAGGCUGCCGAGAUCGGAGGCCUGAUCCAUAACCAGAGUGCUGGCAAGAACAUCGCAAAGAUUCUUAACAACUUCCCUACAGUUCACGUUGAGGCUGAAAUUGCACCCCUCAACCGAGAUGUCCUGCGCAUUAAGCUCUAUGUCAUUCCCGACUUUCGAUGGCAUGAUCAGAUUCAUGGAACCUCGGAGUCAUUCUACAUCUGGGUUGAGAACUCUGAAACUUCGGAGAUCUAUCACCACGAAUAUUUCAUCCUCAACAGGAGAAAGCUUCAUGAUGACCACGAGCUUAACUUCACGAUUCCCCUUUCAGACCCCCUUCCUAGCCAGAUCUAUGUCCGAGCAGUAUCGGACAGGUGGCUAGGCGCAGAAACUGUCACACCUGUCUCUUUCCAACAUCUUAUCCGCCCGGACACAGAGAGUGUCUAUACUGAACUCCUGAACUUGCAACCAUUGCCUAUAUCUGCGCUCAAGAACCCAGCGUUGGAAGAACUGUAUGCUAAGCGCUUCGAUUUCUUCAACCCUAUGCAAACUCAAAUCUUCCACACGCUUUACCAUACGCCCGCCAAUGUGCUCCUUGGAUCACCCACUGGUAGUGGCAAGACAGUGGCUGCCGAGCUUGCUAUGUGGUGGGCGUUCCGCGAGAGACCCAAGUCAAAGGUUGUUUAUAUUGCCCCCAUGAAAGCGCUCGUCCGCGAGCGUGUCAAGGACUGGGGCGUGCGGCUGGCACGACCCUUGGGUCUCAAGUUGGUAGAGUUGACUGGUGACAACACACCUGAUACUAGAACUAUCCAGGAUGCUGACAUCAUUAUCACAACCCCUGAGAAAUGGGAUGGCAUUUCUCGUUCUUGGCAGACAAGAGGGUACGUUCGACAGGUCAGUCUGGUCAUCAUCGACGAGAUCCAUCUUUUGGCUGGUGACCGUGGUCCUAUUCUCGAAAUCAUUGUGUCUCGCAUGAACUACAUUGCUUCUUCGACAAAGAACGCUGUUCGCCUCCUGGGCAUGUCAACAGCUUGCGCCAACGCGACGGAUCUUGGAAACUGGUUAGGUGUUAAGGAGGGCCUCUUCAACUUCAAGCAUUCCGUUCGCCCUGUUCCUCUCGAGCUGUAUAUCGACGGGUUCCCCGAAGUCAGAGGUUUCUGUCCUCUGAUGCAGUCGAUGAACCGCCCUACCUUCCUAGCUGUUAAGAAUCACAGUCCUGAUAAACCUGUUAUCGUAUUCGUCCCUUCACGACGACAGACCCGUUUGACCGCCAAGGAUCUCAUCAACUUUUGUGGUAUGGAAGAUAACCCUCGACGCUUCCUUCACAUGGAUGAGGAUGAUUUGCAGCUCAAUCUUGCUCGAGUCAAAGACGACGCGCUGAAGGAAGCUAUCAACUUUGGUAUUGGUCUUCAUCAUGCUGGUCUGGUCGAGUCAGAUCGCCAGCUUGCUGAAGAGCUAUUUUUGAACAACAAGAUCCAGAUCCUAGUCGCCACCAGUACUCUUGCCUGGGGUGUCAACUUGCCUGCGCACUUGGUAGUUGUCAAGGGCACUCAAUUCUUUGACGCCAAGAUCGAAGGAUAUAAGGACAUGGAUUUGACCGACGUUUUGCAAAUGUUGGGACGAGCUGGUCGACCUCAGUUCGACAAUUCUGGAGUUGCUCGUAUAUUCACAAAGGACUCCAAAAAGGACUUUUACAAGCACUUCCUUCACACAGGCUUCCCGGUCGAGUCCUCUCUGCACACUGUUUUGGAUAAUCAUCUGUGCGCUGAAGUCUCGUCUGAGACCAUUAUUACCAAACAGGAUGCGCUCGACUAUCUCACUUGGACAUUCUUCUUCCGCAGGCUGCACAAGAAUCCCUCCUACUACGGUCUAGAGAUUUCAGCUGAAGAGCACAACAGUAUCGCUGCCCAGCAGCUCGCAAACGACUACAUGAUCGAGAUGGUCAACAAGUCACUGAACGAGCUCGCCGACUCCAAGUGUGUUGAGGUCUUCCCCAACGGCGAUGUUGAUCCUACGCCUUUGGGAAAGAUCAUGAGUUACUACUAUCUAUCGCACAAGACAAUCCGCCACCUUGUGAAGCAUGCAAAGGCUCAAGCCUCUUUCCUCGACGUCCUGUCUUGGAUGUCUCGCGCCACUGAAUACGAUGAACUUCCUGUGCGACACAACGAGGAUCUCAUCAACAACACCCUUUCUGAUAAUCUGCCAUUCCCUGGCCACGCGUUUGGACUUCCCAUGUGGGAUCCCCAUGUGAAAGCGUUUCUACUUCUCCAGGCGCACAUGUCCCAGAUUGAGCUUCCUAUCACUGAUUACGUCGGUGAUCAGACCAGUGUGCUCGACCAGGCCAUUCGUAUUGUUCAGGCUUCCAUCGAUGUUCUUACAGAGCUAGGCUACCUUUCGAGUUGCUUGCAGAUGAUGGCGGUUCUCCAGUCCGUCAAGUCGGCCCGUUGGCCUACUGACGCGCCAGUCUCAAUUCUUCCUAACAUCGAACCUGACGUCAAGAACGACACACCACUUUCCAAGAUUAGCGCUUUGACAAAACCUCAGGCGGUGCAGCUUGCAAAGAAGCUCGGUGUGCCUGCCAGCCAGCACAAUCACUUUACUCGUGUGGUGUCUAUUCUCCCUAAUGUGGAGGUCUCUAUCGCCGAAGCCACAGCUCUCUCAAUCACAAUCAGCCUGAAGCGUCUGAACCAACUCGUGGAGCGCGAGGCUCGCAUCUAUGCACCAAAGUUCCCCAAGCCUCAAACAGAGUCUUGGUUCGUUGUUGUAGCAGAUCUAUCGCGUGACGAGGUCAUCGCAGUGAAGCGUGUGGGCUGGACAAGCGGCAACCGCAAGCUCGAAACUGGCAGCAAGCCUACAGCUAAGACAAGCAUCAAGCUUCCCCCAGCCGAGGCUGGACAAGCCCGCAAGCUGGAUGUUCUUGUUAUUAGUGAUGCCUAUCCAGGAUUGGAGUACCGAGUCGAGGGUGUGGACAUUCCUGCACCGCCAAGUGUGGAUGAUGCUGUGCUAUCAAAGAAGACGGCGGCCUCUGGGUCAAACUGA